CGUAUUUGAACAUAUUCGUAAACACUGAUAGCGCUCAGUGAAACACGAAUUGGCCUUUCGUGUCGCAAUAGACCUUUCGUGUCGCAAUAGACGAUCAGACCUACACAUCCACCAUGCUGAGAAGAAGAAAGGUGACGUCCAUUGUGGUUCCCUUUUUUCUCUUGGUCGGAGCUUUUAUUUUCUGGCAGGCGAAAAAAUGGCCAAACAAAUAUGGGUUGUUCCUAAUGGAAGAGGUCGAUUUCUCCCGACUUCACGUCAACUACGCAAUCCGUCCUCAAGGAGAAAGACUUUAUUUAACCCAAUCCGAAAUGAUGGGUGAAUGGAACCAGUCCGACAAGGGAAAGUGUACAAGUGCAAAAUCCUCCAAGAUGACACUGUUGAAUGAUAAAGCUGUUUUUGUCAUCGGCGAUGAAAUCCGUGUACAUAUCGACACUUACGAUUACCAUGGAAACAAGAGACAUAUCGGAGGAGAUUUCUUUCGACUUUGGAUGGAGAACACAGAUUUGGGAGCUGCCGUUGCUGGUCACGUGAUCGACCAUAACGACGGAAGCUAUACUGGUGUGAUCCGUGCAUUGUGGGAAGGCACGGCUUCAAUUCGUUGCUUCGUUGAAAGAAGAAAAGAAGAAAUUGCAAUGUUUUAUGACAUUAUGGAGAAGAAGCAUGCAUUGUGGGUGCCAAAGAGGGAGUUUGUUUCCAAUGGUUUUGUCGAGAGUACGGAGUGUUCCAUUAAACCUGACAACUUCCAACGGUACUGUAAUUAUACGGAUAUGAACUAUGGCUUCCCGUGGUUCUGCGCCAGGCCAAGUCAGCCGGAGUUACAAUGUCAGGACUGGAAGAACUCCUGGUCAGAGAACAAAGGAUACCCUCCAGAAGACCCUCGCAAGAGAGGCAUAUACUAUCUAUCUGCCAAGGGAAACGACGAUGAUCUGCCGACACAGAUUCAUAUCACAAUGAUUUAUAAAAAUACGUCAAAGGACUUGCAAGUAUCCAGACCGACAAUCCCGUGCAACAGACUUCCGCCGGAAAUGACGUGGAAGAUGGUGUCUCCCGUUGGUGUCUUUUUUGGUGAUGCCUUUCAGCCAACUUUGUGUCUUGACAAUUUGUCCUUGACUCCAAAGACGUACCGCAGAUGCUUGAAGAACAAGCGACUAUGGCUGCCUGGAGACUCGACGAGUCAGCAGUUCAAGAGGAGUCUCCACUACACGCUCGGUAUUCCUGAUGUCAGCACUGGCCACAACCCUCAGCUUCUGACGGACAAGGAGGAUAACUUUUCCGUGUCUUGGUAUGCACACGAAUUCCCGUUUUUUCACGGAAGUGAGCGAUAUGCACCUACAGUAAAUAGACCGCAACAUCUUCUUCUCGACAGUCUUUCAAAUAACACGGAGGAUAUUGUCGUUCUGUACAUACACGUCCAUUUUAAUUUGGUUCAUCCUGAUGUAUAUCGUGAACAUAUUCGUAAGACAGUCCGGUCAGUGAAGAAGCUUUUGUUACGUGCUCCAAAUGUGACCCUCGCUGUCCGUGGUCCCCAUGCGUAUUACAGAAGUAUGGCCCAGGAACUCGUGUCUUACUGGGGAUUAAUUUAUUCAGAUAUACUCAGAGAAGAGUUUUCUCCCUUCGUUGACAGAGUUAUCUACCUUGACUUUUGGGAUUUGACGGUUGCAGUCGGACCGGGACAUGUUCACCCAAGCAUGACCGUUGUUCAAUCAAUGGUGCAUUACAUGAUGUCGUUGUUAUGUCAUAGAAAUUAAUUUAUUAUAUACUUCAGUGUGAAAGAUAGCAGUAACCAUAACACUUGAUAUUUCACUGCAGUGAACAUAACACUAUGACGGAACUAUGGUCAUUCAAGAGUUACCUCCUCUUAAAUUGUCUCCCUUUAUCGUAAUUGUUUUGCCUGUACUAAAACCGUUGACGUCCUUUUUACGUUAGUUACACAUUGAAAAGGCAAAAUAAUGACAGAUGGUCAUUUAUGGAGUUAAUAUCGCCUCAUGCCGUUUGGUAUUCUCUCGAACAUUUUCGUUAUAAACUGUAAAUUUCUCAUUCAACUAGAGACUGUUCGAUUACAAAGCGCCAUUUUUGUUACUUGACAAGCGUUUAUUCUUUCGCUUCCAA